AUGAAGAAGUAUGAUUAUUGUCUAUUAAAAUUAAUAUAUUUCGAUAUUAAGGGAAUAUUUCCCACAUGUAGUAAGGAUUUCACAUGGGAUAAAGAAGCAACUAGGCGUGAAAGUGACGCUCAUAAUUUCACAAUUUUAUGUAGUGAUUUUUAUAAUCAAGUAUCUCAUGGUCGUGAUACUACUCAAUUUUCGAAAUUAUGUCGUGUUCUAGGCUUAUAUUUAAAUCAUUUAGAACGUAGAAGUAAUGAUAUUGAUGUAAAAUCAUGUUGUGAAUUAUUCUAUUAUAAACUAGAAAAAGAACUAAUACCUAAUUUUGAAUUAAAAUGUAAUGAACCUAAUGAAUGCUAUAAGAAAAUGAUAGAACAAAAACGAAGUACAUUCGAGACAAAAAUAUCUAAUAUAUGUAUGGAAUAUUCGGGAAAUAUUGAACAAGAUACAUCUGAACUAUUGAAUUAUUUGUUUAAAAUAUAUUACUACAUUGAUCUUUUUAAAAAUCCCCAAGUUAGCGACACAGGAAAAAUGCGAUUAUUCAAAGGGGAAAUUGAACAUUUAGAAAAUUACGAUUGUAAAAGUAAACGCCGACUAAAGGCAGAACUCGAAAAAAUUAUUGAAAUAUGUCAAGGCUAUAUAAAUUCUUGGACGUUAUCUCCUAGAAUACAUGCCGCAAAGCUCCUGACUGAUUCAUGGAUGAAAACAAGAAGAAUGAAAAUCCAGAAUUUAAAUGAUCAAACUUUUAUGAAGAACGGGUCAGAUAAGGUAAUAAAUAAUGUAAUAGCGCAAACAGAAGCAUUAGAAUUUCAACCUUUAAUGGACACGAUGACAGGAGGUGAUACACACACAGGAAUAAGUGUUGGAAUAAUUUUUAUAACUUUUUCAAUAUUAAUAAUUAUAUUUAUUUUGUAUAAGUAUACCUCUUAUUUUUCAUUUAUAAAACCAAGUGUAUGGAAAUUAACAAGAAAGUUGAAUAAAAAUAAGAAUAAUAAUCUGGACUUUAUGUAUUCAUUUCAUGAUAAGUAUAAAAUAGCAUAUAGCUAA